AUGAGUGAGGAAUCCAUAGAACGAGCACCGUGUCCGCACGUUCUUGAUGGCACCAUCAAUGCUCAUGAUGGCAGUGUAAAUGCUUGGAUAGCAUCGUCUGCGCACUUAUGUGAUGACACCGCGAAUGCUCGAAUGGCACAGUGUCUGCACAUUCAUGAUCAACUCAACUAUGGUUUGAUGCAGCUCAAGAACGAGCUUCUGAUUUUUGAGCCUAUCAUGGGUGGACCUACUAAGGCUGAAGCUAACAAAGCUUCAACUUCGAAAGCUGGAACAAGAGGAAAGAGUCGCCAGAAGAGUUAUUCAGAUCAGAAACGCAGGAGCGUAGAAUUUCAGGUUGGUGAUCAUGUAUUCCUCAGGGUUUCACCUCUGAGAGGAGUAAAACGAUUUGGCGUUCGGGGCAAGCUGAGUCCCAGGUUUGUUGGUCCAUUUGAGGUUCUAGAACGAGUUGGGGAGGUGGCUUACCGGUUAGCAAUGCCUCCAGCUCUAUCAGGGGUUCAUGAUGUGUUUCAUGUAUCUAUGCUCCGGAAGUAUGUUUCGGACACUACUCAUGUGUUGAGCUAUGAGAACUUGGAGUUGGAUCAGGACUUAUCAUACGAAGAAAAGCCUGUUCAGAUCCUUGAUAGGAAGGACAAGGUCUUGAGGAGCAAGACCAUCCCCUUGGUUAAAGUAUUGUGGAGAAACAGCAAGGUCGAAGAGGCGACAUGGGAACUGGAAUCAUAUAUGCGGGAGAGGUAUCCCGAGUUGUUCACGUAA